GCAAUGGAGCUAGGUGUUGAUAAGCAUGAUCAUGUGCAGAAUUUAUCUGCUAAGAGGUUGAUUGGCAAAGUCGCAGUUAUAACUGGUGGUGCAAGAGGAAUUGGAGCUGCCGCAGCUAAAUUAUUUGCUGAAAAUGGGGCUCAUGUUGUCAUUGCUGACAUAUUGGACGAACUAGGCGUCAUGCUUGCUGAAUCCAUUGGAGCUCGCUACAUUCAUUGCGAUGUGGCCAAGGAAGAUGAUUUGGAAUCGGCUAUCCAACUAGCCCUUACAUGGAAAGGUAAACUAGACAUACUGUUCAGCAAUGCUGGCAUUGGAGGUCCUGCAGGCAGCAUAACCAGCCUUGACAUGGAGCAAGUGAAACAUCUCAUCUCAAUUAAUCUGCUGGGCAAUGUACACGGAAUCAAGCAUGCGGCUCGAGCCAUGCUCAAAUACCGCACGAAAGGUUCCAUCAUAUGCACGUCAAGCUCUGCAGGUGUCAUGGGAGGGCUGGCAUCUCACAUCUACUCUCUGUCAAAAGCAGCCAUCAUUGGAUUGAUGAGAACCGCAGCUUGUGAGCUAGGCGUGCAUGGGAUUCGUGUGAAUUGCAUUUCUCCUCAUGGUGUCCCUUCAGAUAUGCUUGUCAGUGCUUAUAGAAUUUUCCUGGGGAAUGAAACAAGGCCAGAACAAGUAAGUAAACUCGUCGGUGAAAAGGGGAGUUUAUUACGUGGGAGGGCUGCAACUGUAGAAGAUGUCGCGCAAGCUGCACUGUUCCUUGCCUCUGAGGAUGCUGGAUUCAUAACGGCACAUAAUCUUGUUCUUGAUGGGGGAUUUACUUCUUCUUGCAAUACAUUGAGUUUCAUCUACCAAUAGUCACGAGAGGGAAAAAUAAACAAAGAUUUAUAACAGUGAUAGCUAACUUCCUUACACAAGCAGAUCUACAAUCCAUACCGGAAGCUGAUAUGAAUUUUGACCCUUUUAUCACUGUAAACACCUCCUGAAUGUUUAUGGGCUGCAAUUUUUAUCAUGUUAUCUAACCCUGAAGAUUCUUUAAUCUAUACGAAUAUGGUCUAAACAAUUCAAACCACCAAAUACGAGCAACAAUUAUCCAUUGUCCAA